UGGUGCGACGAAGAUCUGUUUCUAAACAAACCAAAUACGGGUGUUUUGAUAACAUCAUUUAACAAUGGAGUUGGAACAGCCAAAAGAAGACUGUGCUCAAACCCAGCCAACUCCCACACCCCCCUGCCAGUCAAAGAGGCCAAGUCAGGCUCUGUACGUUCCCAAACAACGGCUUCAUGCCUCCAAAGACAAAGCUCAGACUCAAGGAGAAGUUAAGCCAAGACCCAGGCCUCGCUACACAGACAAGGCACGAAAGAAUGCUAAGAACAAGAAGGACAAGGCUGAAGGGAAAGACAAGACAGCACCUGUUGGAGGAGAAGAUGAAGGUCAGAACAGUGACACUAAGCCUGAUGUGAAGGAAGAGUUGCUACAGGAUACAGAUGUGCAGGUUAAUGGGCAGCAUGAGUCGACCAGUGUGGGGGCAGAUGUUACCGCACGGCUGGAAGAAACAUCUCCUCAGGAGCUAAAGGGGGAAGAGGAGAGCUGGGACACAUUGUUCAACGAUGAUGGAGAUUGUUUGGACCCACAUCUGCUAGAAGAGCUCGCUGUGAAGGAAGGCAGAAAGAAGGAGUCAAUCCAGGAGCCCAGGUUUGAUUACUACAACAUGGACCGAGACGAUGAUGAAGACGACAUUGACCUCAGAGAGGAUGAACUCUCUCACAUCGUAGAGAUUUACGACUUCCCUGGCGAAUUUAAGACAGAGGACCUUCUCAAAUUAUUUCAGUGCUACCAACAGAGAGGCUUUGACAUUAAGUGGAUUGAUGAAACACAUGCCCUGGGCCUCUUCUCAAGCCCCAUAGCAGCCCGUGAAGCUUUAAGAUCCAAACAUCCUCUGAUGAAGCUGCGACCACUCUCCAAAUCCUCCUCUGCCACAAAAGCCAAAGCCCGCAGCUGCUCAGACUACCUCCUGCCCGCUAAAGAGAGACCUCAGACAAGUGCAGCACUGGCUCGCAAGCUUGUGAUCGGUGCCCUCGGUGUAAAGAGCAACCUGACGAAGGAGCAGCGCGAGGCGGAGAGGAGGAAACUCCAGGAGGCGAGAGAACAAAAGCGCCUGGCAGCCAAACAGAGGGAAGAUGCUUGGGAAGGAAAGUGACUGGACAGAGAACAACCCCCUUGUCUGUAUUUUUUUUUUUAUUCCUUGAUUCAGCAGAGACUGAAGAUUUCUCUGUUUCCUCUCUUGCUCUGUUUUUCUGUUUUUCUCAACUGGCCUCUCCUUCCCACCACCACACUGCCCAGAAAUGGAUUCCCACCAAUUUUUCCUUCUUAUUGCCACUGUCCGUUAGCCCGGAGUGUCACCUCAGAUGAGAACGUCCUACUCCUUUUCACUCUCCUUUAUUUUCUUACUUUCUUUGUUCAGGGGCUGUUGUCUCACCUGGACUUGCUUUCAUGUCUGUAACUAAGCUCUGUACUGAAGCACUGAGUAAUCAUUUGUAAUUUGAUAUUCAUUGAGAGGAUUAUUUUCUGUAUAGAUCUAAAGCCUCAUGUUUGUCAUUUAAUAGAUUUUUUAAAAAUGUUUUUAAAAAUGAACCAUGUAAAUCCAUCUGUAAAUGUAGGGAGCAGCACGGUUUACUGUUAAUGCUCCCGUAUCAUUUGAAUUUAGUCACGAUGGGACAGUACAUUAUUGUAUAUGAAGACAUUGUUGAUUUGAUUCUGUUUUAAUGGGUUAAAUUAAAUGUGUUAUUUUCAAACAUGCAGCAUUGUUUACAGUUCAAGGUUGACUUUUAUUAAACUUUUACCUGACUUUAAACCUU